AUGCCGACGGACUCGUAUACCGCCAUUCCACGCGAUGAAAACGACAGGGACGCCCACUUAAGGCCCCGCCGACGUGCCGAAGAACUGUUCUCCUGGAAUGGCACAAGUCUAUGUGUAUUUUCUUGUUUAUUUGCAUUAGCAUUGAUCUGCUUUGCGGCCGGCGUAAAAAUUGGGCAGAAAUGGGACCGCUGGUCGGCGGAUCGAGGAAGGGCGGAUGGGUUAUUAGAUCCGCGCAGAUUUAUUGGUGAAAUUCCUAAGAAGGAGGUUAUGUUUAGGUUUCCCUCUGGGUACGAGGAUACGUCUGAGGAGGGUGAUAAAAUAUGGGAUGAGCUUAUGCCGCUCGGCGCAGGCUUUCUACGCGUCCCUCAUCCAAGGAUAUAUGCCAUGCCUCGAAGCACAAGGAUCAAAGGCGACCAGGAGGAAGCCGAGUUAUAUUCUGUAUCCAUGACACAUCAACUCCAUUGUUUGGCUGUACUAAGACAUGUUAUUAUCAAAUACGAGAAAGGAGAUAAAUCGAGGUUCGCCGGGGCUGGCCAUGAUUAUCACUGUCUAGAUUAUAUCCGACAAGCUAUUCUCUGUGCCGGAGACACAACGCUGGAUCAUGCUGAUAUUGAAUAUAAUACGAAUGGCACUGAGAGUAGAUAUGGCUUCACUGGCGCCAAUGCUACACAUCAAUGUAGAGAUUGGGAAGCUAUUAGGGAGGUUUUGAUUGAGAAGCGGUUAGAUAAUAAGACGGGUAUUUUAUUCUAA